CGGGCGGCGGGAGGCGGCGGGGCCGGGCCAUGGGGAACGGAGCCGUCUGCAGCUGCCGGAGCCGGGAACCCUGCCCGAGCUGGAGCGGCGUCUCCUGCUGAGCGCCGGGCCAGCAGCCGGAUGCCCGGGCCCAUUGGGCAGGCCAGCGGCCACCUGCGGGAUGAGCAGACUGCUUGGGGGGACGCUGGAGCGCGUCUGCAAGGCUGUGCUCCUUCUCUGCCUGCUGCACUUUCUUGUGGCCGUCAUCCUCUACUUUGACGUCUAUGCCCAGCACCUGGCCUUCUUCAGCCGCUUCAGUGCCCGAGGUCCUGCCCGUGCCCUCCACCCAGCAGCCAGCAGCAGCACCAACUGCUCUCGGCACGCCACUGCCCCAGCUCUGGGCUCCUGAGGUCCCAGUGUCCGGCCUGGUCCCACGGUUCCUGUUCUGCCACCUUGUCCUGACUCACCACCAGGUCUUGUGGGCCGAUUGCUGAUCGAGUUCACCUCACCCAUGCCCCUGGAACGGGUGCAGAGGGAGAACCCAGGUGUGCUCCUGGGCGGCCGCUAUACACCACCUGACUGCACCCCAGCCCAGACAGUAGCAGUCAUCAUCCCCUUUAGACACCGUGAACAUCACCUACGUUACUGGCUCCACUAUCUGCACCCCAUCUUAAGGCGGCAGCGGCUGCGCUAUGGAAUCUACGUGAUCAACCAGCAUGGUGAGGACACCUUCAAUCGAGCCAAGCUGCUCAAUGUGGGCUUCCUAGAGGCAUUGAAGGAGGACGCUGCCUAUGACUGCUUCAUCUUCAGCGAUGUGGACCUGGUCCCCAUGGAUGAUCGCAAUCUGUACCGUUGUGGUGACCAGCCCCGCCAUUUUGCCAUUGCCAUGGACAAAUUUGGCUUCCGGCUGCCCUAUGCUGGCUACUUUGGAGGUGUGUCAGGCCUGAGUAAGGCCCAGUUUCUGAGGAUCAAUGGCUUCCCCAACGAAUACUGGGGCUGGGGUGGCGAGGAUGAUGACAUCUUUAACCGGAUCUCCCUGACUGGGAUGAAGAUCUCACGUCCAGACAUCCGAAUAGGCCGCUAUCGCAUGAUCAAGCAUGACCGGGACAAGCAUAAUGAGCCCAACCCUCAGAGGUUUACCAAGAUUCAAAACACAAAGCUGACCAUGAAGCGGGAUGGCAUUGGGUCAGUGCGAUACCAGGUCCUGGAGGUGUCUCGACAACCACUCUUCACCAACAUCACAGUGGACAUUGGGAGACCCCCAUCAUGGCCCCCUCGGGGUUGACGAUAAUGGACAAAGGCUCUUGGUGCCAAGGAUUGCCUACCAGAGGACUGACCUACAGCCUGGCUGGCAACUGCUCUGUGGGGGACCCCCAGGACUGAGACUAUGGGCUGUGUUUGAGGGUCUUCAGCAGACCGCCAGCUGUACCUAGAAGUUUCAGAACCCACUUUGAGGGGCUUCUGGCCUGGGCGGGCCCCUCAAGUGUGGCCCUGUCUGGGGUCAACCCUUCUUCUUACCCCACUCCCUCCCCCUGCCCAGCCUUCCUCACUGUCAGGGUCGGGCCAGCCCCUGCACUGCCUCGCGGAGUGGCCUGGGCUAGGUCACUCCACCUCUCUGUGCCUCAGUUUCCCCCCCCCCUUGAGUCCCCUAGGGCCUGGAAGGUGGGAGGUAUGACUAGGGGGCAGUGUCUCUUCCAGGGGGAAUUCUCAGAUCUGGGGUUCCCCCAUGCUCCCAGGGGAGGGGAAACCUUUUUCAUUCAACAUUGUAGGGGGCAAGCUUUGGUGCACCCCCUGCUGAGGAGCUGCCCCAGGAGGGGACCAGAGGGGAUGCUGUUGCUGCCUGGGAUCUUGGGGUUGGCCUUUGCAUGGGAGGGGGCAGGUGUGGCUGGAUCUGUCAGUGGUUCCCGCCUCCCUGUCUCAGAGAAAAGGCAGAAACCCCAGGGGCCGGCUGGUGUUUGUACAUUGCACAGAAACUUGUGUGGGUGCUUUAGUAAAAAACGUGAA